CAGUGUGCAUGCUCGCUGUUUGAUGUAUGAAACAGCCACUGGGAGAGUUCUUUUGUUAGCAUUUUUCAGAUUCUUACUACACACCAACUGGAAGCAACAUGACUGACGAGCAGGAGAUCAUGUGCAAAUUGGAAAGCAUUAAAGAAAUAAGAGCUAAGACGGUGCAAAUGGAAAAAAUUAAAACCCGGUUGAAGGCAGAAUUUGAUGCACUGGAGUCUGAAGAAAGGCACCUGAAAGAUUACAAACAUGAAAUGGAUCUUUUGCUCCAAGAGAAGAUGGCCCAUGUGGAAGAACUGCGACUGAUCCACGCUGACAUCAAUGUGAUGGAAAACACAAUAAAACAAUCUGAAAAUGACUUAAAUAAGCUGCUUGAAUCUACAAGACGUCUACAUGAGGAAUACAAGCCUCUUAAAGAACAUGUGGAUGCUUUGAGAAUGACUUUGGGUUUGCAAAGGUUACCAGAAUUGUGCGAGGAAGAAGAAAAGCUUUCCCUUGAUUACUUUGAGAAGCAGAAAGCAGAAUGGCAGACAGAACCUCAGGAGCCACCAAUCCCGGAAUCACUUGCGGCAGCUGCUGCUGCUGCCCAGCAACUUCAGGUGGCCAGGAAACAGGAUGCUCGGCAAACGGCUACAUUCCGACAACAACCACCACCUAUGAAGGCUUGCUUGUCUUGUCAUCAACAAAUCCAUCGGAAUGCACCUAUCUGCCCUCUUUGCAAAGCAAAAAGCAGGUCUCGUAAUCCUAAAAAACCCAAGAGAAAGCAAGAUGAAUAAUACCUCCAUUGAAAUGUGCACAAAUUAACUAAAGUUUAAAUGUGGCAAUGUUACUCGGCGCAAAAUAAAGUGUUAUGUAGUUGUUUUAUAUAUUCAUGUGUCGUAAGCACAAAGCUGUAUUUUGCUUUUAGAAAAAUAAUUCCUCCUUGUGUCAAUAGCAACUUAUCCAAAAAUUGUAUUUCAGAUAGUAUAGAAUAGAAUUUGUCAAAUUGUUUGAUUGUGAAUGCUAAUGGAUAUUUAAUGAAUAGAAGGGAAAAUACUGAAAAUGGUGUAUGGAAUACUAUCUGGACUGAAUUGUUAGAAAAUAGUCCACAUGGAUGUAUUGAGUUUGUAGAUGUACAUUAAGCCAUACCAUGGUUGAAUGGUUGUAUAAUUUGCUGAAGAGCAAGUCUUACUAAAUUAAUCAAAUUUAAAAGUUGUGCAUUAGUUCCCAUUUUGGAAGAGCAAGCAUUUGUUACUUAGAUAUAGCCUAGAAAUUGUACAAUGCCAUAUUAACAAAUGACUGCUUAACAUAACUGUAUGAAAUUAAUAUGUUAGUCAUGGCUCAGUGAUAUAGCAUGAGCCUUUAAGUCAGACUUUAGGUUAAACCCCACUGCAGAAACUAGCUAGCACAUUACCUAGACAGUGGUGAUGCCAUCUUUUAAGUUGAGGCGUUAAACCAAGGUUUUUUUUUCCGGUGAAUACAAAUAAUUCUAAAGACGUUAUUUGGAAAAAGAGCUGGGGAACAUUCCUGGUCCCCUGAACUAACAUCACUAAAAGAUGUAAUUAUCUCAUUACUAUUUGUGGGACCUUGCAGUGUGCAAAUUGAAUUUCACUUCAUACAUUACAACAGUAGCAACACUUCAAAAUUAUUUAAUUUUCUGUGAAGCACUUUGGGACAUCCUGAAGAUGUGAAAGGUGCUUUUAAAUACAUUUUUUUUUUUCGAUUGCUUUAGUAUUUUAACAAACUUGGAUCGUAAGCAGGAGAAUUUCAUACGAGUACAUUGAGUGCUUCUAUAUAAUAUUGCACACAGCACAAUUUCUAGGCUUAUUAAAGUAGAAAAAAAUAGAUUAAUCGUCCAAAUAGUCCAACUUUAUGUGAGAAAUUAUUCCAAAAUUUGUAAUUGCCAUGUGCCUUUUUAUUAAUUUAGAGAAGCGCGAUGUUUAUCUGAAUUUUGAAGGCUUUUGUCUAAAUUCCAUUCUACAUCCUCACUUGUACAUAAUAAGGUGUGGUGUAAAAUAGCCUGGGUUUUUUGAUGAAAUAAAACAAGAUGAUUCAAUUAUAA